GUGGUAGUGAAGACAGAAAGAAAAGGAAAGAGGGAGCGACUCGCUCGCUCGUCCCGUACGCACGAGCAGAGGCAAGAGGCGCGCCCCGGCGAAAGGAGCAAGGCAGGAAACUCAGUAACAGUAACUGAAUUUGCUGAGGUGAAUAGCAGAGCUCAUCUCUCUCUUCCGCCCCCGCGUGCUCUCUCAUCCAUUACCAGAGCAUGGCGCCAGUGAAGGUCUUCGGCUCGGCGGCGUUCACCAACGUAGCUCGGGUGCUGGUGUGCCUGGAGGAGGUGGGCGUCGACUACGAGAUCGUCGACAUCGACUUCCACGUCAAGGAGCACAAAAGCCCUGAACACCUCGCCAGAAACCCAUUUGGACAGGUUCCGGCGUUCCAGGACGGAGACCUGAUGCUGUUCCAGUCCAGAGCAAUAUCACGGUACGUUCUGAGCAAGUACAGGACUGACGAGGUCAACUUGCUGAGGGAAGGCAGCCCGGAGGAGUCCGCGCUCGUCGACGUCUGGCUGGACGUGGAGGCCCUCCAGUACGACCCCGCCAUGAGCUCGGUCUUCUUCCAGCAUCGCGUCGUGCCGGCGCUGGGCGGGAUGCCGGACGAAGGCAUCAUCGGCGAGAGCGUCGAGAAGCUGACGAAGGUGCUGGACGUGUACGAGGCCCGGCUGACGAAGCACAGGUACCUGGCGGGGGAUUUCCUGAGCCUGGCGGACCUCAGCCAUUUCCCCGAGACGUACUACUUCAUGGAGAUGCCAUACGCGGCGGUGUUCGACUCGUAUCCUCGUGUCAGGGAGUGGCUGGAAGAUCUGUUCGCCAGACCGGCCAUCAAAAAGGUCGUCUCGCUCAUGGCCAAGGACUUCAGUGGAUGACGUGAGAGUCUCUUCAUGGAUGGCGCAUGAUUUCCCUCUUACUAGUAGGAUCUGAGAAGAAGUAUCUUGUUUGAAGAUUGUACACUUGCCUUUGUCAAGUGAGAAAAGUCGAAUUAUAUCAUUGUCAUGUAUAUAUGCUUGGAUAUUGCAAGUGAUUUGCAGUAUGUGCAGGGUAUUGAAUCUUGCACCAUUUAGGAUCAAAGUCUUUCAUAUGUAAGUUGGUAGUGCUUGUUGUAAAAAAGACGAGUUUAACUUGACGUA